AUGCCAGACUCAGAUUACACAGACGACGAGUCUGAAUAUGAUAGUCCAUCUUCAAUCAGGGCUGUCGUAACGGACGCGCUCCUGGCGCCGUUACGCGCGCUGGUAUCCAAGUCUGCCCUGCGCCUAUACAUAAACGCACUGCUCUUUAUGGGCGCGACGACACUCCUUGUGGGAAUCUCAGCAAUCGCCUACGGAAUCUUCUACUAUAGUUUCAUUCCAACAGUUGGUCUGGAGCGUGAAGUCCACCUUCAAUUCGGUCACGGAAACCCAUGGGGAACAGCAACCUUCGACUCGGAAUUCGUCGCCCAACAGCCCUACGACGUAACAAUAACCCUUGAACUCCCCCGCACACCCUCAAACCUCGAAACAGGAAACUUCAUGCUAGAUCUUACACUCUAUGCUUCUCGUCCUGCAUCGGCAAUUCUGCCCAUUUCCUCAACAAUCGCGCCAAUCGCACAUGAACGCAGACCGGCGCUGCUGACUUAUGCUUCGCCGCUUGUGGAUGUUGCGCGGCGGGCCGUGCGGUUGCCAUUUUAUGUUGUUGGCUGGAAACGUGAGGCGGAGGUCUUGGAGGUUGAUAUUAUGGAAGAUCUACAGUUUGACAAGGGGCCGGGGAAUCUGCCGCAGAGUUUGAGACUUGAGAUCCAGAGUGAUUUAAAGAUGCAGGUUUAUCUUGCUAAGGUUGGGUUUCGGGCGAGACUUACUGGGUUGAGAUGGCUCAUGUACCGAUGGAAGAUUACUUCUUUCGUUGUGUUUACUUCGUUCUUCUGGUUUGUCUCGGUUGGCUCUGCUAGCUUGACUUGGCUGGUCUUAACAUGGGUUUUGCACCCUGCCACGACACCCAAGACUGAGAUUAAAGAGGAACCGCAAGGCCUGGUUAAAGAUGAGCCUGAGGAAGAUAGCUCCUCGGAGAGGAACAGCCAGAAAGUAGCUUGGUCCACAGUUUUCCGGCCGAGAGUGAUGAAGCUGGUAUGGGAUCUGGACUUGAAAGUGCCGAAGCUCGUGGACUACAGAGACGGCGGAAGCGGGGGGGAACUUUCUUCCCCCACCAUUCUUCACUCAACCACGCACUCAAUGCAUAUCCUAGUUACCAACGACGACGGUCCUCCGUCAAACCAGUCCUCGCCUUACGUGCACUCGCUUGUCCAUUCACUCCAAUCCGCCGGCCACACAGUCUCUGUCAUUCUUCCUCACCAACAGCGAUCAUGGAUCGGUAAAGCGCAUAUUGUCGGCGCAUCUGUGAAGCCCACUUAUUUCCGGCCGGGUACCCUCCACCAAGAAGAUGGCACAACACACCACCUACCCCGAGGCAGUGACGGAGAACCAAAUGACGGAGGUGAUGAGUGGGUUUUGAUUGACUCGACUCCGGCAAGCUGUGUCCAGAUCGGUCUCUACCAUUACUUCCAGGAGCGCGGCCCUAUCGACGUUAUUGUCUCUGGUCCCAACUAUGGGCGCAACACCACUGCGCUGUUUGCACUCUCCAGUGGAACUAUUGGUGCAGCGAUGGAGGGCGCCUGCUGUGGAAAGCGCUCAAUUGCGCUGUCCUAUGCUUUCAGCUCCCGCAACCAUGACCCUAUUAUUAUCGCAGAGGCAUCACGCCAUUCGGUCAAGUUGAUUGAGUAUCUAUGCGCCAACUGGGCGAACGGUGUGGAUCUCUACAGUGUCAAUGUCCCUCUGGAGCCUGGCGUGAGUGAGAACAAGGUUCUGUACACCAAUAUGCUGGACAAUAGAUGGUCCUCGGGAAGUUGUUUCAAGGUUGCCGAGCCUACCUCUGCCGAUGACCCCGAUCUGCAAGAGAAGCAGUUGCGCGGUGAGGGUGAGGUGACAGGAAAGACACCUGAUCAGAGUGCCAGCACCAGCGAACAGCCUUCUGCCGGACCUACACUCAAGCACAAGCACUUUACAUGGGCGCCCAGCUUCCAGGAUGUAUAUCGCAGCGUUGAAGAGAGCGAGCCCGGCAACGAUGGCUGGGCCGUCAAGGAGCAGAUGACCAGUGUCACACCCCUCAAGGCCAAUUUCAUGCAUACCCUCGGAAUUUCUGGGGAGAUCAAACUAUCGGAUAAACAGCCUUCCCUUCACGCAAUCAUCGACUGUGAUGACACCUACGUGCAAGAAAUGAUCGAACGCGCGAUUACUCGCCGUCUGGGGGAUUCGUGCAAGCGAGUCUCAUCUCUAGAUGACCUCCCAGAGAGAUCUGUGCCGUUAUUCCAGUACCGCGAGUAUGAGCGUCUCGAGUUCGAACACAUCAUCUCCCGGCCCUCGACAUCUCUAGGCAACGCAUACGUUAUCCGCAAGGCUUUGAUCCGCAAGCAUUACCUAUCGAACACGGUAGCCAACUGGGUCUCAAAACAUCCAGAUAGUGUGCUACGGAACCAUUUCAAGCCCGCCUUUGACUUUGAAUUGGAUUACUCCGAAUUCCUCGAUGAUGCCCUUCUCGAAGCAUACGAGCUGAACGACAGCCUAGCCAAGAACGAAGAGCGACCCGACUCCGAGAAAGAAUGGUGGAUCCUCAAGCCAGGUAUGAGUGAUCGAGGCCAAGGAAUCCGCAUCUUCAACAGCGAGGACCAACUCCGCGAGAUCUUCGAAGAGUGGGACGAACCCUCAGACGACGAGUCCGGGUCCGAGAAGGACGAAGAAGAAAACGAAGACGAGGACCAAGAUGCCAGCGGCGCUCAUGACACAGGUGUCGUCACCUCGCAGCUUCGCCACUUCCUCGUCCAGCCCUACAUCGACCCUCCACUCCUUCUCCCCUCGUCCUCUAACCGCAAGUUCCACAUCCGCACCUACGUCCUCGCCUGUGGUUCUCUCAAGGUAUACGUCUUCAAAGAGAUGCUCGCCCUCUUCGCCGCAAAGGCAUACUGCGCCCCCCACGAAGAAGUAGACGAUGUCGCCGAUCUAGCCCGCCAUCUUACAAAUACCUGUUUCCAAGAAGGCGGCAGCUCAAAUGAAGGCAGUGUGCGCCGGUUCUGGGAUCUGGACCACCACGUCCCUGGUCUCUCUGACGACUGGAAAGAGAAAAUCUUCGACCAGAUCUGUGCUGUCACCGGCGAGGUGUUUGAGGCUGCGGCUCGGGGCAUGAUGAUUCAUUUCCAGACUCUGCCUAACGCCUUUGAGCUGUUUGGUGUUGAUUUCCUUGUUGAUAGUAAUGGAUCUGCUUGGUUGUUGGAGCUGAAUGCGUUCCCUGAUUUUGCGCAGACUGGUGAGGAUCUUAAGGAGGUUGUUGUUGGACGGUUGUUUGAGGAGAUGGUUGAUGUUGCUGUUAAGCCUUUCUUUGGGCUUGAGGAGAGUGGUAGCGGUGAUAUGAAGCUGGUUGCUGAUCUUGAUUUAGGGAGGAAGGCUUAA